GGAACAUAAACCUGAAACUGGUCGACAGAAAUCCCUCCUCUGUGGAGAGGAGAGCUGUCAGUCUGUUUUCUCUCCUUCAGUAUUUGGUGAUCUGCUCCUUUAAGGACGCACCUCUCCUACGUCACGCGCACACACCUCUGGCAGGAUAAAUGGCGGGUUUUUUAAAUCAACAUUCACUACAAACACACCUGAGGAGGAGGUCCUGACCGGAUUCACUCCACCAGUCAACCCCACAGAAACACCGUCAGUCCCGGGAACCUGCUGCUGCUGAACCGGCGACCAGGAACGGAGGUAACCCCGGAGUCUCCGGGAGGUCUCACUCUGAUUCUUUUUAGAAAAACUUACUUCGAGCAGAGAACUUUGUUUGUAUGUUUGAAUAAGGACUGAGAGGGUGACUGUGCGGUUUGUGUUGAGAGGGAAACUGUGGUUUGAAGAGUUUUGUGUUUUAUCGCUUGUUGCGUUGCUUAAUUGCGAGUUGCUGGUUGUGCAGUAGGUUAGAGGCUCUGCUGACUCCGGUUACAUGAUUAUAAGUUGUAUCUUUUGUCAGAGAUAACCGCUGCAGGUAUUUCACAACAUUGUGUUUUCACAGCUGUAGAGUGGUGGGAUGGUCAGAUAUGUGAUAGAGGAAACGGUGUCUGUCUGUUCCAUAUUUGUCACUUAAAUGUAUAAUAUUGUAUCUGUUGUAUUUUAGUUCCAGUGCUGUGCCAGUUUAAAAUAUGUCGGAAGCUUCUUGCUCUGCUUUAACCCGCUUGUGUUUCAGGCUGCAGCGUCUGUAAUCGGUCGGUUUCACUUGUAGUCGGUUACUCCACCUGUUUAUCACUCAGGUGAUGUUCUUGCUUUUAUUACCCUGGCGUGUGCGUGCUGUAAAUUGCCCGGGUGCUGCACUGCUCUCAUAGUGAAGUUCCACCUUUUUUAACAUGUAGAAAAGUGAUGUUUGGAGUUUUUCCUCGGAUCCUUCAAAUCUCUGGAGUUUUAUUGUUGUUGCUCCUCUUCUGUCACGCUCCAUCCUCAGGUAAGAUCAUGUUUUAUUCAAGCUUUUAACAGGAGAUUGAUUUAGGACAGAAAUUGUUUUACACACAACCAAGGAGAAAUCCUUGGACCCAAAGCUGGAAUCAGAUGUGAUCGAGCUGGGAAACACACAUGUAUUUUAUUUUUGUUGUGCUGAUGUGAUAAUUUGUCUCCUUUUUUUGUGGGUUUGAUUUUAAUAUGAAUUUCUUUAGCUUUGUUAGUGGUGGUGACAUUUUUCUGAUUCUCAUAGAUUCCAUUGUCUCUAGUAUCAGGAUGGUAAACUGACUUUAACACUGCAGCUUCAACUACAGCAGGCUGUAAUCAUUAUCCCACUCAUUCGUGUAGUGUACUGACAUGUGAACGCACUCAUUUGGCAUUUAGGGACCAACCCACCAAUCCUCUGGACUUUAUGAGAUCUGAUCUUUUCUGUUCACAUGAUGAUGUGUGAUGCAUUCACUGCUGAUCUCCAAUAGAGUUUAUUGUUUCCUGUAAACUGUGGUCAACAGCAUCUUCCCAUCGAAAGUGGUUCAACCACCUGUUGAUGUGUGGGUAGAUGGUGCCAGGGUGACAGUCUGAGGGGGUCUGAACUUAAACUCCUCUGUAGCCGUCAGAUCUCUUGAGUUUGUCUCAGCUGCUCAGGCUUGAAUUUGAUCUUAUGACUUUUGAGUCGGUCAGUACUGAACACACACCUGAAGUUCGUCUCUACAUCAGCUCCACGAAGACAUGAUGAAAAUUGUAUUUUUGCUGCUCCUCUGCUGUCGCUCUGCAUCUUCAGUGACUCACUCCCUGAAGUUUUUCUACACUGGACUGUCUGGAGACCAAACGUGGCCAGAGUUUAUUGGUGUCACAGUGGUUAAUGGAGUUGAGGUGAUUUACUGUGACAGCAACAUCGGAGGAGCUGAACCCAAACAAGACUGGAUGAGGAACAUUGAAUUGAAAGACAUGGACCAGUACAGUAAUGAAUGUCGUACUAGUCACAGCACCUUCAACACCGCUAUUAAAAGUCUGAUGCAAAGCUUCAACCAAACUGGAGGUGUCCACAUUUACCAGAGGAUGUUUGGUUGUGAGUGGGAUGAUGAGACUGCAGAGGUUAAUGGUUAUGAUCAGUAUGGUUAUGAUGGAGAAGACUUCAUAGAAUUUGACCUAAAGACAGAGACAUGGAUCACUGCAACACCACAGGCUGUCACCACUAAAAAUAAGUGGGACAAUGACAGAGCUUAUAACGUACAGGAGAAGAACUACCUGACCCAGGUUUGUCCUGACCAGCUGAAGAAAUAUCUGAACUAUGGGAGGACCUCUCUGCUGAGAACAGAUCGUCCCUCAGUGUCUCUCUUCCAGAAGACUCCCUCCUCUCCAGUCAGCUGCCACGCUACAGGUUUCUACCCUGACAGAGCCAUGAUGUUCUGGAGGAAAGAUGGAGAGGAUCUUCAUGAGGACGUGGACCGAGGAGAGAUCCUCCCCAACCAUGAUGGAACCUUCCAGAUGAGUGUUGACCUGAAACUGUCAUCAGUCUCACCUGAAGACCGGAGGAGGUACGACUGUGUGUUUCAGUUCUCUGGUGUGAAGGAGGACAUCAUCACCAAACUGGACCAAGCAGAGAUCAGGACCAACAGGGUUCCUCCCUCAGAGUUUCCUGCUGCUGCUGUCAUUGGAGUUGUUGUAGGACUGCUGCUCCUGCUGCUCUGCAUCUCUGGACUCUUCAUCUGGAGAAGGAACAAUAAUGGAUUCAGACCUGCAAACAUUUCAGACUCUACAUCUGAAACUUCUCAGCAGCCUCUAACUGACCACAGCAGGUUUUUCAUCAUGUCAGCUACACUGUGCAGAUACUGUGUGCAGAGUCCCACCCCUCCUGAAUCUAAUGUACUGACAUAAUGUUCCAGACUGACAACAUCUGGGGAGACCUGAUGUUACUGUCCAGCUGUGUCUGCAGACAUGUGGUGGAGAGACCAAAGACAUGAAGGAAGAAAAGAAAAGAACACACAACCAAAACAUUUUUACAGUGUGGCCUUUUGAGACAAACCUAUAGUUUAGAUCUUUUGGUGGAGGUUUGACAUAAACAAAACAUUUCUGCUAUGGGUAAAUAUUCUGUUUGUAUAGUUCUUUUAAUAUGUGGUAAUGGUUCUAACCUCAACAACACUCAGCAUGUAAGAACGUGUGUUUAACAGCUUUUUCUUUUCAUUUUAGAAUCACUAUUAUAAAAUAAAAUCACUGUAAAAUUUAAGUUCACUUAUUUAUGUGUGAUGUUUGGUGACAAAUCAAACUAAGAAAAACACUGCGAUGCAGUGAUUGAUAAAAACGACUCGGUGUUUUCCAGCUCUGGUAGAGGAGGAGGAGAUCAGGGUGUAGGAUGGGCAGCGUCUCAGCUCCUGGACCAAUCAGAGGCAGGAAUCACACAGCAUUUGGUGCCAUUCUGCAAAACAAACUCCCAACAUGUGUGUGAACAUGCUCUUGUUAACAGAAUGAGGAAGAAGGAAAAUAAAAUCUACAAACAGGUUCAGUUACUUGGAAAUUCAACACAGAGACUCAGAGGAAAAUAAAAACAGAAAAACAAUAAGUGAGACAGUUUACUCUGUUUUCAUAGGAAACAGUUUAACAGAUUAAAACUUGACACUCUUCUUCUUCAGCUCUGCCUCUUUCUCUAAACAAGAUGAAAAUAUUUUGAUGCUCUUUUUUGGUCACGUUACAUCUCCAGCUAAGAUCAAUCUAUAUCUACAGGUACAUACAGAUA